AUGAAUAACCAAACUGAUUUGUUUAGUAAUGUUGGUGAAUCCACUGUGAAUAAUAGCAGUAGAAGAAGGAAAAGGGGAGCCAAUAAAAAUGAACUACAAUUAACUUACGAAUCAGAUUCAAGUGAUGACCAAGAAGGAAAUUCUGAUAAUGAAAAUAACAUUAGCAAGUUACAACAACAACAACAACUGGAGGAGGAUAUAUUGGGAGAUAAUAAAGAAAAUGACAUGUUUGAUAGUGAUAAAGAAGACGAUAUGUUUACCAAUGACAAUGAAGAAGAAGAUGACGAUAUGUUUGCCAGUGAUAAUGAAGAAUCAGAUCCGCAGAAGAACAACCUUGAUGAUGAGGAAGAAGAAGAAGAAGAGGAGGAGAUAAAGGAAACAGAUGAAUCAGUUAACAAUUAUUAUAACAACAUUGAAGAUUUAAAUUUUGAUUCAUUCCAAAAUAAAAAAAAGGAACCGAAAUUUGAAGCAUUUAAUUUGAAAGAAGAAACCAACAUGGGGAAAUUUGAUAAUGAAGGAAAUUAUAUACCCAAUGAACAAAAAGAUUCCUCGGAUGCUGAUGAUGAUGAUUUAUGGCUUGAAGAUUAUAAUAAUAAAUCAGAAAUAAAUAAAGCUAAACAAGCUCAACUUCUACGGGAAAGACAACAAAGAGAAAAAUCAAAAUCAAAAUCAAUGGAGAAAGAUCAUAAUGUUGAACCAUUAGAAGUUUUAUUAUCUGAUUUGAUAUUGUUAUUAGAACCUGUUGAAUCACCAAUGGAAGCAUUAGCAAGAUUGAAUCCUAAAAACUUGAGAAAAAAGAAAAAGAAAGGUGAUGAUGAUGAUAACAAUAAAAAUGGUAUAGCAAACCAUGAAGAAUUAAUUAAUAAAAUCACUAAUGUUUGUUCGAUUUUAAUUAAUGAUAAACAAAUUGAUGAUAUAUAUGAACUAACUAGAGAAGAAUUGACGAGGAAAUUUCAAACAAUAACUGGACAAAGUUUUAAUGUUGAACGAGGUCUUAAACGAUCAAGAGAAGAAAGUGAUGACGAAGAUGAUGAAAAUUCUCAAAUUAAUAAUAUUGAUUAUGGUGAAAAAAUAUGGGAAUUCAGAUGGAUUGGAGAUGAAAAUGAAGAUAAAGUUAUAAAUGGACCUUAUUCAAGUUAUGAAAUGAAUCAUUGGAAAGAAACUUAUUUUGAAAAUAAAGUAGAGGUACGAAAAAUUGGUGAAACAAAAUUCCAAAAUAUUGAAUAUAUUAAUGAAUUUACAUAA